AUGGGCUCCCUACUUUCUAUUCUAAUGUUACAGUUAAGGAACAAUAGUUUGAUUGGUGAAUUUCCUGUCUCCUUGAAGAAUUGCACAGAGUUGAUUAUCAUAGAUCUUGGUGACAAUAGAUUGUCUGGUACACUGCCCGCAUGGAUCGGACAUGGCCUAUCAGAUUUGAUUGUUCUUAGCCUAAGGUCUAAUCAAUUUUAUGGAAGCAUACCUUCACAGAUAUGUCAUCUGGAACAUAUUCGAAUCUUGGACCUCUCUUUAAACAACAUUUCUGGAAUCAUACCAAAUUGCAUCAAGAAUUUCACCUCUAUGGCUGAAGAAGGGAGUUCAGGGGCGAGCCUUGCAUAUGCCUAUUAUGGUCAACCUCCAAGAGACAGAGAUGGUGAACAGGAUAUGUAUGGUAAUGGUAGAUAUGUUGUCAGUUUAUUCCUCAUAUGGAAAGGAAGAGAAUCUGAGUACAAGAAAACAUUGGGACUCGUCAGAAGCAUUGAUCUUUCCAGCAAUAAAUUGACAGGAGAAAUUCCUAAUGAAAUUACGAGUCUUGUAACUCUUGUGGCCUUGAACCUUUCAAGAAACAAUUUAACUGGGCUAAUUGCUCCAAAGAUUGGCCAGUUGCGAUUGUUAGAUUUUCUUGACUUGUCUAGAAAUCGACUGUCUGGUGGAAUUCCUAUCAGUCUUUCUCAAUUAAGUUUUCUUGGCGUCUUAGACUUGUCAAACAACUUGUUGUCAGGUAGAAUCCCACCAAGCACCAAAUUAAUGAGCUUCAAUGCUUCAGCAUAUAUGGGGAAUCCCGGACUUUGUGGGCCUCCACUUACAGAAGCAUGCCCAGGAGAUGGAACACCUCGGGAUCCAACCAUUAUUGGUGGCAACGAUGGCGUCGGUAAUCAAGAGCACGAGGAUAAGUUUAUAACCACAGGAUUUAUUGUUAGCAUGGUGUUGGGAUUCCCUCUUGGAUUUUGGGGGGUUUGUGGCACUUUGAUACUCAGUGGUUCUUGGAGGAAUGCCUAUUUCAAGUUGUUGGACAACAUAAAAGAUUGGCUUUACGUGACAACAGCAGUGAAUGCUGCCAGAUUGAAGAGGCAACUUCAAUACUAA